AUGUCGGGCGGACGGCCUCAGAUGCUCAUGUGCUACCUUUGUGGCCGCGAGUUUGGGUCGCGCUCGCUGCCCAUCCACGUGCCGCAGUGUGAGAAGAAGUGGCUCGCACAGGAGUCCAACAAGCCGGCGGCGGACCGGAAGGCGCUGCCGCCGCGCCCCGAGCGCUUGAAUGCCAUCCUGGCGGGGAACAACCUGAACGACCAGGAGCGAGCCAGAUUCAACGAGGAGAUGUACAACAAUUACGACCAGGAUGUUCUCGACAAAUGCCCUUGGUGUGGUCGCACCUUCACGGCCCAUGCCAUGGCCAUCCACGCCAAGAGCUGCACAGAGGACGGGGGGAGCUAA